UAAAAAAUUAAUGGACUUCUUUUUACAGAUAUAAAAAUGAUGAAUUCAAAUUAAGAGUAAGUUUUAUAGAAGCUACCUUCAUUGAUACCGAGUUCGUAGGGAAGCUCGCAGCGCGAUUGUCCGUGUGAGGGAAUAUUGGCGGGCAUGGUGUUGGCAAUGUUGGCCGGACAUGGCAUCGGCUGUUGAUUUAUCGUCUGCUCUCGAGUCCAGAAAGGACUGGUCUAGCUUCAUUUUUGGCUUUGCCGUGACUGUGUUGAGAUUUUUGAAACAUAAUCCCGACGCUUCAAAACCUACUGUGCUCCUCAAAUCUACUGUUCGCUCGUUUGUGUUCGGAGAAUCUUCAGACGGCGGUAGGGACAGACAGAAGCUGUGCGUUUGUGAUUGUCAUUGCUCAGUAUACGGUGACAGACGUAAAAGUAAUAAUCCGGUCGGUAGAAGCGCAAGUGAUGUAUCACAGGUAUGUAAUAACAACAAUAUACCCAGAAAUAAAUUUAGGCACUGCUCUGCCGAUCACGCUAAAUGUUUUCGUACUUUGCAUCAGAAAGCCAACUCCACUUCUGAAAUGAAUGAUAUCAAAACAUCAUGGCUUCCUAAAAAUUGUUGCCUAUGUUGCUUCUCCGCUACCCAUUCAAAUGUACUACCCGAAGAAGAAGCAGUAGCAGCACCCAGCGUUCAGGUCCGAAACUCCGAAGCGGGAGCCCGUACAGUGAACAAAUCUCGUCGACGCAUGAUUGACUCGGCACCAGUUAUCGCUUCCGAGAUGAAACAAAACAAAAAUGUUCGACACAGCUGCAGUGAUCCCGUGCUCAACGUUUACGUUCCUGAAUCUCAGAACUUGGAAAAUGAAAAUAUGGAAAACUCCAGUGAAUUGAAAACUGUGAACGUAGAUGACAGUUCUUUCUCCAGCAUGUCGUCCUUGUCCAAAUUAAAAAACGGCAGUGCUCUUCGAAGAAUUGCCAAAAAACACUCUACAUCCUUCCGUCAUUCGUCUAGAAAUUUAGCUCGGAAGUUUAGUGCGCAUAGAAUUCCUGAAAAGGUAUGUCCGUCUCCCGUCAACGUGAAACUUAGUGCCAUCAAUACGCUUAAAACCACAAUUCCACUCGAAGCUCUACGUGAUAAGAUGGACGGUGUGCACCGCACCAACAGUUAUUUAAAGAACACUGAGGACGCCGUGGAUGGUAAUGCCUCUUCUGCGAGUGGAAACCAAUCUUUUAACCAUCAGUUUGUGAAAGUAAACGAAAAUAACUGGACGGCAUCGUUGCGGCGCAAGAAGAACGCCCUUGUAUCUAGAAGCCAAACGCUUAGCAGCAAAGUAAGGCCCUUCUCAGGGAGCCGGAAUGAUGUCAUCAAUGAAGAGUCUGCCAUUAGCGCCUGGAGUGAAGAGUAUGACGAAACAUUUGAUCAUCUACACCACCGAAGCUGCCCAUGCAGAGCCUCUCAGCAACUCAAAGAUGAGAUGGCCGAUGUCACAGCGGAGAUGGAGACGCUGGAAGGGGGAGAUGACGGGAAAAACAAUCCGAAGAGUAAACAGAUGAGCAUCGGGCGCAAAAAAUUCAACAUGGAUCCGAAAAAAGGCAUUGAGUAUCUCAUUGAUCACGGACUUUUGAAGAAUACCCCCGACGAUAUUUCCAAAUUCCUGUACAAUGGUGAGGGUUUGAACAAAACUGCAAUCGGCGACUACCUCGGCGAGCGCCACGACUUCAACCAGACUGUCUUGGACUCCUUCGUGGCGCUGCAUAACUUCACUGACCUCAUCCUCGUACAGGCACUCAGACAAUUCCUGUGGAGCUUCCGACUACCUGGAGAAGCACAAAAAAUCGACCGCAUGAUGGAACGAUUCGCUCGUCAUUAUUGCGAUCUCAAUCCAACAAUUUUUAAACAUCCCGACACUUGUUUUGUCUUAUCGUUUGCCAUUAUUAUGCUUAAUACGUCUCUGCAUAAUCCUGCUGUUAAAGACAAACAAACGCUUGAACAGUUUAUCAACAUGAACCGAGGCAUCGACAACGGCGACGAUCUUCCUCGAGAGCUACUAGAGAGCUUGUACGAGAGCAUCAAAACAGAGCCUUUCAAAAUUCCCGAAGAUGACGGCAAUGAUCUGAUGCACACGUUCUUCAAUCCUGAUCGAGAAGGAUGGUUAUGGAAGCAGGGCGGCCGCUACAAAAGUUGGAAGAGACGGUGGUUCAUUCUAAAUGACAACUGUUUAUAUUAUUUCGAAUUUACCACAGAUAAAGAGCCAAGAGGCAUCAUUCCACUAGAGAAUAUUGAGGUCCGUGAAGUGCACGACCGCAACAAGCCUCAUUGCUUCGAGUUGUACGCGACUUCGACCGACUUCAUCAAGGCGUGCAAAACUGAUAGCGAAGGCAAGGUGGUGGAGGGCAAGCACACCGUCUACAGAAUGAGCGCUGCUACCCACGACGAGAAGGAGGAGUGGAUUAAAUGCAUCAGGCAAAGCAUCAGUCACAAUCCCUUCUACGACUUACUGGCGAAGAGAAAGAAGAAUAUCCAAAAGAACAACAGUUGAUGCGUCUCCUGUGUUUUGUUGGAACCGUUCGAAAGUGUCUAUUUGUAUAGCCUGUUGUUGUUUAUUCUGUUAUCCGUUGUUUAUGAUGCGUAUUUUCCUGUAUUAGCUUCACUGUAUCAUUCAUCGUGGAUCUCGCUACUCAUGUGCCCUGAAAACAUCGAACAAUUUCGUUCAUUGUAUCCAGUUUAUCGUCGUUGUCAUUAUCGCGUGUGGCCGAAAUAUGAUUCUCAUAGUUAAUGUACCUCAUCGGCUACCUCUAUUCCAUGCUUGGCCAUCAUCGUGUAAGUUUGUAAGAUAUAUUUUUCCUGUAAGUAUGUCGACCUGCCUGUGGGCGUAAGCCGGCUCGUUCGCGUCUCAUAUCUUUAUUUAUUGACUUCUAUGUCCGUGUGAUGUUCGUGCCUAUCAAGACUCUGCUCCUAUGCUCAUAUGCAUAUAUUAUAGCCGUUUGAAUAAUGUAUUGCAAGGCAACAAUUAUAUAUCAAAUCUACCCUAAUGCGUAUGUAGGAUGGAAUUCGAUAAUGAAGUAGGGUUUUAGAAAUUGCUGCCGAAAAUCUUAAUUGUAAACGAGCAUAUAUGAUGAGAUUUUCAUCAUCGUUAAUAAUACGCGUUAUUAGAAUUCAUUUUCCGGAAUAAUGUUCUGAAAUAUUAAUAGUCUCCAUCAGGCAGUUUAAUGUAAUUGGUAGAUAAAUUUUCACAACAAACCGGGUGGAUUUCAGCAUCUGUGUUGCUGCUUAUUCACAGUUUAUAUUUUGCAGUCAUGAAUUAAAUCGUGGUCCUGAUCGUUACAUUGAUAUGUAAGAUACUAGAAUGAAAUGAAUGAAUGACCUUGAACGAAAUUAAAGAUAAAUAUCUGUUCUUCCAUGGUGCAUCUCUGUUACCUCUUCGAAAUUGGUUACUAAUCCCAUCCAGUCUGAUUUUCAGAAUUUCUUGUGAACCUAGGGAGUGACAGAUUAUUUAGAACUGAUAUCAUAAUACCGGAUCUUCGAGGACUUCGAGAAAUUUUCAUUUUGUUUAACUAAUCAUGAUAUUUUGCGUAUUUCUCACGAUAUUUCUCGGUAGUGAAAUUUAUCUACUAUUCUCUGGUACUGUGUUCAUAAGCCGUAUUAAUGGUCAUUACUUUUUUGUUCUGUUACGUCAAUGGCGUCCUUUGAAAUCUGCUAUUCAAAAGAAGUAAGAUGAACUUUUGGUUAUUAUUUAUCUGACCUUUUCCAAAAAAUUUUUUUGCUGCAGUCUUUUUAGUUAUAUUAUUGAUUGUAGAUACACAAGCGAUUAGUCCUGGCUCCCAAUUAUAAAGGAAUGCAAAUUUUCUUCAUUUCUAUGUAGAUCUGACUUGCAUUAAAGUGCAAAAGACUGUGUUCGCCUUUCUGCACUAAUGUGAAUAAUUUUAUAGCGGUAUUCUUAGAUGUUUGUUGAUAAACAAAAUUAUCUCUGUAUCAAUUUUCCAACUUAACGUCAAACUAAAUAGCUUUUGGAGUGAUUUAUUAGAGAAAUAGAAUUAAUUAACACUCCUGCACGAGGUGCUGAAAGGUUGAUAGUUUAUUUCGUUAAAAUAUGCGAUGGUGUGAUCAUUAAAGUAUUGGAGCAUAGAAUGUAAGUAAUGUUUGCAAUAUUGAUUUCUGAACUGCGAUUGUGUAGUGUCCAACUUGCGGCAUAAAAGUCUGCUCGCGAGUGGAUGUUGUUGUACCUUUACCAAAGGAUCGACGUGUACAAUGUUUAGUAAUGUUAAGUGUGCAAAUUGUAUAAACUUAUCCUCUGUACAUAGCGGAGUCUUUAUAUUAUAUGUGAUAGUCAAA